AUGCCAAAGCCCCUGCAUGCACUACCAUUGGUCCGCGCUCCCAUAAUUGAGAUGACACCUUUCCGCUUCCGCUUGUCCUUAAUUGCUUGGCAUAGUACAGUAGGCUUCGACAUGAUGACAGAAACUGAAAUUUGCUUUAUCACAAUUUUGGAUGAGCAUCGGUUGGAUGUUAUCUCUAAAGAAAUGUUUUUGGAAAAAAAUGAGCUGGUUCUCGUAGCUUUGCUAAUUUCUAUUGCUAGCGCUAAGAACAGAAAGAAUCUCUCAUGGAUAAACGAAGAGCCACGAUACACAGAUCUCACUCCGGUUGGCACGAAACCGUAUACUUUGUUCAAGUCGAUCUACACCAAUAACACGAACAGACCACAAGAGUAUUCAUUCAAAACGGAACGAACGACCGAAUCGCUUUGUUCAAUAUCCAGGGAGCAGGGCUACACAAUGGGUGCCGAAGCGGAAUUGACAUUGAAAACACCUUGUACCGUAGCUUGGUGA